CCGCGCGCCUCUUGCUCUCUAGCUUCGUUUUUGAAGGAAUAGGGAAGCGGUGGCAGGUCUGCAUCGAGUGCCAGAUUUUCAUCAUUUCCAAUGAAUUAUCAUCACAUUCCUUCGUCUGCCAGCUGACAAACUGCACGGCGUAAUUUUUUGAAAAGCAAACGGGAUUUUAUUCGCGAGCAGCGCUUGUCGGAGUCGCACUUAACACACUGGCUGUUUAUCACACUGGGUCAUGGCGCAGACAAACAGUUAUGGGCAAAGCAGCAACGGAGUGGCAGAUGAAUCCCCCAACAUGCUCGUUUACAGAAAGAUGGAAGAUAUCAUAGCCCGUAUGCAAGAUGAAAAAAAUGGAAUUCCUAUCCGCACGGUGAAAAGUUUUUUAUCCAAGAUUCCCAGUGUUUUUUCAGGGUCUGAUAUCGUACAGUGGAUGAUCAAAAACCUAGGCAUCGAAGAUCAAGUUGAGGCCCUUCAUCUGGGGACCCUAAUGGCGGCCCACGGCUAUUUCUUCCCCAUCUCGGACCACGUGCUGACGCUGAAGGACGAUGGCACGUUCUACAGGUUUCAGACUCCGUAUUUCUGGCCUUCAAACUGUUGGGAACCAGAGAAUACUGACUAUGCGGUUUACCUCUGCAAAAGAACAAUGCAAAACAAAGCCCGCCUGGAGCUCGCUGACUACGAGGCCGAGAGCUUAGCGAGACUACAGAGAGCAUUCGCUCGGAAAUGGGAGUUUAUAUUUAUGCAAGCGGAAGCACAAGCAAAAGUGGACAAGAAAAGAGACAAAAUUGAAAGGAAAAUACUCGACAGUCAAGAAAGGGCCUUUUGGGAUGUGCACAGACCAGUGCCCGGGUGUGUAAACACGACAGAAGCCGACAUUAAGAAAUCCUCAAGAAUGAAGCAGCCCCACAAAACAAGAAAGUCCGUCUACGGGCUUCAGAAUGACAUCCGCAGCCACAGCCCCACCCACACCCCCGCCCCCGAGGCCAGGCAGCCCACGGAGGAGGAGUUACAAGACAAGAUACAGUUUUGGCAAGUGCAGUUGGACAGGCAUCGGUUGAAAAUGUCCAAGGUUGCAGAAAGUUUGUUAAGCUACACUGAGCAGUACAUCGAGUUCGACCCAUUCCUCACGACACCUGAUCCCUCCAACCCCUGGAUCUCGGAUGACACGGCGAUCUGGGAGAUGGAGGCCAGCAAGGAGCCCGGUCAGCAGAGAGUGAAGAGAUGGGGCUUCGGGAUCAACGAGGUUUUGAAAGACCCUGUCGGUAGAGAGCAGUUCCUGAAGUUCCUGGAGUCAGAGUUCAGCUCUGAAAACCUGAGGUUCUGGCUGGCUGUUCAGGAACUGAAGAAGAGGCCCAUCCGUGAGGUCCCGACCCGGGUCCAGGAGAUCUGGCAGGAGUUCCUGGCUCCUGGUGCUCCUAGCGCCAUCAACGUCGACUCUAAGAGCUACGACAAAACCACGCAGAAUGUGAAGGAUCCCGGACGUUAUGCCUUUGAGGACGCGCAGGAGCACAUUUACAAACUGAUGAAAAGUGAUUCCUACAGUCGUUUCAUCCGUUCCAGUGCCUACCAGGAGCUGCUACAGGCCAAGAAAAAGAAAAGUAAGAACUUAUUUUGAAGGAUAUUGCUUCCAGGGAAAAUCACUUACUUCAAAGGCUAGCAAGUCGUGUGCAAUCAUGCUAAAAUACAGUCACUUUUUAGCUUGGAAGAGGACCAUGUCAUUUCUACAAUAUUGUAGUCUACUGUUCGCCGAGAGGAACCACUUGGCAGUAGACCAGAUGUUGCAUGUCCAAAAAACUGAGGUUUUUAUGUUUUUUGUUUUAUUUAUUUUUGGUUCAUUUCGCCCUCAGUGUUUGAAAAGGCAUUUUGGACUUUUAAGAGACAUUAAACCCACUAAUGCCUUCAAAAAAAGUCAUUUGUCCUAUCACUUCUUCAGUUACCUAUCAGCUGGGUCUGUGUCCAUCGCAAGCCAAAAGAUGAUUAAAAGAUGUUUGAAAAAAAAAAAAACAACAAAAA